AUGCAAUCGCUUGCUUUCUUUCUUUCUUUCUUUAUUUCUUUCUUUCUUUCUUUCUUUCUUUAUUUCUUUCUUCCAUUUCUUUCUUUCUUUCUUUCUUUCUUUCUUUAUUUAUUUAUUUAUUUAUUUCUUACCCUUCGCCAAGAUUUAUCGCGCUGCUGUCACAGAUCGACCAAUUCUAUAUUUCUCUCCAUUUCCUUAUAUUCCAUCAGUCUCAAAUUGACCCCUUUUUUCACUUCUGACCGCUAUUUUCCUUCUUUUCUUUUAAACAACCCUUGUAUCUCUGCAAUUUUUAAACUGUUUCCCGAAAUCCAAAUCGAACUCUUUCUUUCUUUCUUUCUUUCUUUCUUUCUUUCUUUCUUUCUUUCUUUCUUUCUUUCUUUCCCUUCGCCAAAUUCCAUCACCUUGUUCUCUUCAAUUUCUACGCAUUUUCUCUGGAGUUUCUUCUUAAUCUUUCCAGAAAUCUUAGCAUAUCUUCUUCACAUCAUAUUUUUUUUUAGGCGAGGAACCAGUUUUGUGUUAUUCAUUCUACAAGUUGUUCUUUUUUAUUUCUUUAAUUUCCAUCACGUUAAGCGAAUGUCUCAACAUUUUUCUCUUUGUUUUAUUUCCCUUUUAAUUCACCCCCCCCCUACCAUUUGCCGUUCAUUUGAAUCGAUUUGGUUAUGUAAUAAAGUGUUGGUCUUCAUUGCCUGA